AUGCCGUCCAAAUCCUAUGAAUCUCUAGCCUCGACGGCGUCGCUUCCCGACAGCAACUAUGAAGCACCUAGAGCGCUGAAGCACCUCAGCGAGAACCUGCAGCAGCUUUACGUGGAGCUGUACACGCAUAUGCCCGCAUGUGAGUUUACGCGUGUCCCUUCGGAGAAGCAUGUCGCAGAAGUGUUGCGAACAUUGGCACAGCAGUACGGAUUGUGCAUUUUCUUCCCUGAGUUUGAGGGAUUCGAGGGAAGUGCAGUCAUGGCCAUAACCAUAAAUUUAAUUAAUAUGCAGGCGGGCAAGGCUUGCGAGUUGUUCAAGAGGAUUGGGGCCAGCGCCCGAGUAUCUCGUUGCAAGGCCAACAAGCGCAAGGCCGGAGAAUCCACGAUGGAUAAUCAAGACACUUUGGUCAUGGAGGAGCCAGAUGAUGACUCGGAUCAUGGAUCCGGAAAUGGCUCCGAUGAUGCUGCUUCCGAUGCAGGGGUUUCAGAUGAGGAUCUUGGCUCUGCAGAUGAGGAUGAUGAGGGGGCCUUCCGGGCGAGGUUCGCGGAUUUCAGUCCGGACGUGGUUGAGAGCAUCAUGGGGAGCAUCAGAUCUCAUGAGCUUUUUCCAUUCUUCGAAGAGUUUCGAGUCGGGAGGGCCGACUAUCAUUCCGAUAAGAGCAUGUUCGGAGCUGCACCGGUCGAAGAUGUACUAUCGUGGAACGCCUGGCUUGAGGGGCAUGGUGCAGAUGCCAAGCUGCGACUGGAGGCUUUGUCUCAGCCUCUCCAAGUUGAGGCACCGGUGGAAGUUGCUGAAAAAGCGGCGAGCCCCAAUGGGGCGGAUGAUGGUGGAUCCGAUGCGGGGGAAGAUGGCCGGUCAUCUAAGGAUGGAAGUCCCGCCGGGGAUCAUGAUGGAUCCGCUGUAAGCGGAGACGAUGGGGCACCUGAGGAUGCAAGCCCUGCCGGGGAUGAUGAUGAAGACGACGGGACACCUAAGGAUGCAAGCUCGGUUCAGGAUGAUGAUGGGUCCGAUUCGAACGAAGACCAGCUCGAUUUCCUGGAAGAUUUGGUGGUCCAGGCUAGGUCGAUGAGCAUGGAUGAUUCUAAGGAGGGCGGUGGUGGUGUCUCUUCCAAGUCCAAGCGGCGGUUGGAUUUUACUGAUGAUGAUGAGGUUUCGAAGGAUGAGAAGGAGGGGCCCGAGUUUGUUCCAUCUUCCUUCAAAGCAUCGGGCCUGCCUGCUGCAGACAUUAACCGUGUUCAGAAGGCUGCCCUGGAGAGUGUGAACCAUCCUGUGUUGACUCCUGAAGAACAGCUUGCCUUGGUUAAGAACGAGCGAGCCAAGAAAGCCGCCAAAGCCAAGUCCAAGAAACGCAAACAGGCCGGCGAUGGAUACUUCGUUUUCUGGGCUCCUUCCGGCACGCUGUGCACGAGUAUUCCCCAAGCCGAAAAGCAAGGGUUUGUGGAUGAUGAUGCUGACAUCGUGCGGUUGUUGGAGGGAGAGGAGGCUGAGAAAAUGAAAGCCGAGAGGAAGGCUUUGAUGUAUAAAGCCAGGGCCGUGAAAAUCCAGAGCUCCAGAAAGGCCAACAAGGCGAAGGAGGAGGCAUUGACAGAUGCACUGACUAUGUUCGGAUAUGCUGGAAAGCCGAUGGAUGCCAAAUAUUCCCGGAACCACGACUUUAUGCGGACAAUUGGUUUCAUGGCAGUUUUGACUCGUGUGGUUUGCUCCUCCUUGCAGCUCUUGGAUUUGGAUGAGUCGAGGGGCUACGGGCAGGCGACUCGUGCGGCCUUCUGGUUUUGCCAAUCGCUACAUGUGGCCUGGAAGAUGGGCCACUUCAUCAUGGUCGAGCAACCUGUGCGCAGUCUUCUUUACAAUUAUAGGCGAUACAUUGGUGAUGACGGCGAAGAGAAAGUGGGAGGACGAGAUCUGGUAAAUACACAGGAGUACCCCGCGUCUUUCGGCAUGGCGAUUGCGUCCCUGUUUGCAGCAGCCCGUCGUGACUCCUUCGAGACCACCCAGAUGGACUUCGAUGCAAUCUUGGAUGACUUAAGCGGGGAAGGUAGUGAUGACGACUGCAUAGACGAUCUUUUGAAGGGUCGAGCUGGCUGGAAGCCGUCGGUGAUCACAAAGGUCGCCCAAAAGGCCAUUAUGGCACCUGCUGCCUCGAAGAGUGGCUGCUUGGGCCUGCCGCCCUCCGGCAGUGAUGGUGUGGCUGCUCCACGUAGAAAGACUGGAAAGAAAGUUGAUGAAAGCAAAUGCGUGGAGAAGUUGGUUAAGAUGGGAUUUUGCAGGGAUGCUGCGUGGAAAGCUCUGGUUGAUAACCAAGGGGAUCCUACGAAAGCUGUGCUGGCUCUGGUGGCUGCUGAGAAAGCCAGCUUGAAGCAACCAAAGGAGACGACCGAGCCCGAGAAACCCAAAAGCAGCACGAAGCCCAAAAGCAGCGAGAAGCCCAAAAGCAACGAGAAGCCAGCAAACAGCGAGAGGCCCGCCGAAAAGCCCCAAAGUGCCGAGAAGCCCGCCGAAGAGCCCAAAAGUGCCGAGAAGCCCGCCAAAGAGCCCGAAAGCUCCAGGAAGCCCCAAAACAGCGAGCCCGCCGCCAAGAAGACCAAACGCAGCGAGAAGGCCCAAAACGGAAAGAAUGCCAAGUGUGCCGAGAAGAAGCUGGACAACGCUGAGGAGCCAAAGCGUAAGGACAAGCCCAAGGACUUUAGAAAGAAGCCCGAAAGCACCGAGGAUUCCAGCGAGAAGCCAGCCGAAAGCCCGACGACAACGCCCGAACCGGCAGCGAAGCGUGCCAAACUAGACGUGCCAGAGGAGAAUAUCGACGAGGAGCUAGAGGAGUUAUUUGAAGCCACAGCCGACAACAAUAAGAAGAAGCCAAAGGAAAAACAGGAACCAAAGGAAAAGAAGGAACCAAAGGAAAAGAAGGAAACAAAGGAAAAGAAGGAACCAAAGGGAAAAAAGGAACCAAAGGAAAAGAAGGAACCAAAGGAAAAGAAGGAACCAAAGGAAAAGAAGGAACCAAAGGAAAAGAAGGAACCAAAGGAAAAGACGCAUGGGAAGGAGGCGAACAGUGAUCAGAAGCUUGAGGAGCCGAGUCCUCCCGAGACCCCUCCCCCACGUGCAAAAGAUGCCCCUGCGAGUGGAGAGAAACCUGAGAAGCCGGAUCUGCGUAACCUGAAUCCCCGGUCCAUGGCCAAGUUCUUCAACCCUGGAACGUACAAGCUCAUGGAGCGCCAAGCAACGGUUGCCAGCAUCGACGUAGAAGGUGCCGAAGAUGCCACCCAGACGCCUGCAAAGACGAAGUCUCCGAGCCCAACCGAAGAUAAGCCACAGGAGGCGGGUGUGCGGUUUAAUCGCUCGAGGUACACCAAGGUGGUGGAGAAUCUGUCCACCGACAAGUACGUUACAAUGACUAUCUUUCAGCUCGAAAAAGAGUUCGGCGAAAGUGAGGAAGCCAAGGAAUUCAUCCAAGAACUCAUCAAAGGGCAAAAGGGGACUCCACAUCCGCAGGCCCCCAAGAUCGCCAAGGCGAGACUUUACCGUGUGCUCAAGGAAAUUCUGGAGGAACACAGGAGGGGCCACAGGGGUGAGACUUCUGCGACCCUGACUGGAACUGUUUCGGACCCAGCUGCUAAAAAAGCUUUGAGCGAGCAGAUGAAGGUUGGGUUGAAAGCCCUGGACAGCACCCAAUUCCUCGAUAGAGAGAGUGGCAAGAUUGUGCUGAAUGCGAAGCCCAAGAAAGAAGCCAAAGUCCUGACCGGCGAUGACAAGAUGGUUGACGACUUUAACAAGCUAAUCAAAAAGUUUCGUGGCUACUCCGCCAAGAUCUCGGAGCGUGUGCGCGAUGUUGGUGCCGGCAAGCACAACAAGGUGGAUAGCUUGGCGAGCUUCCGAAGUGAGCUGCCCGCUGUUAUCAAGCAUAUGGAGCAAGUGUUUGAAAAGUCAAAGGCUUCAGAGCUACAGGUUCCCUUCGAAGAGUUUUCCGAAAAGGCUGCCUUAAUCGAAGAUGAUCUUAAGGCCCGAGAGAGCUCAUACAACCAGAUUGCCCACAUACCUGAGAAGCUCAGGAAAGAGUUCCUGGAAUUGGCCGAAUGCACAGCUGCCGAUGCCAAUGUGCAACGUCACUUGUCUGCACGAUUGGUAGAUCGGAAGCAGAACGAGCCGAACUUUCUGGGCCCGCACUCGGUUUUUUUGAUUCCGGAUUGGCUGAGUUCUUUGUAUUCUUAUGAUAUCGAUCUAUUCCAAUCGCUGCUGUUGGGACCUGAACAGUUGAACUUUAUCAUCCCAGUAGAAUGUCACGGCGAUGAUGCCGAGAUGCAUAAGCGCAGGAUAUACUCAACAGCCGAGUUUAUCCGGUCCAAGAGCGGCUACUCACCAUGGAUCGCCCUCCCAGGCUUCGCUGUAGAACGAAUAUGGGAGGAUUGGCUACACGUGGUUGAUCUGGCUAUUUCUCCUGAUGCCUGUGCAUCGGAUGGGGGCUCAGCACUGCUAGAACUGACGAAGUUGGCCAACAGCCCGUGGCCAGCCAGAACUCAAGAGCUCCGGUUGGAGCUUGCUUACACGGAGUUUGCACAGGCAUGCAAACAGGAAAACAUCAGAAACAGAGCGCCGCCUUUCUCGCUGAAAACUCUGAAGUCAGUGACGCCUGGGGUAUACCCGACAUUAUCGCAGAAGUCUGAAACAUCUAUUGAAUUUUUAACGUACGAGGAAUCCGUGGUUAUGGUCAAGUGGCUUCGCUCCGUCACCGUGAAGUUCUCGCGAACACAUCCUGAAUGCUAUUGGCUGCUGAUUGGCUGA